UCGCUGACGACGAGUAUAUACUAUUUUUUCUGUGUCAAUAUUAUUUUUAUUGCUGGCUGGCCUGGAAAAACGCAAAAGAUAAUCGCAAUUGUUGAAAACGCUGCCGCAGCACACAAACCGCAACAUGGACAUGGGCAGGACAUAUUCGAUACACACGCUGUGUCGCGUUUGCCUGAACCACUUGCAAAACGAUGCCGCAUACGAUUUGUAUCUGGUGCCAGGCCUGUCGAAAAAACUGUGUCUGUGUACGUCCCUCUCCGUCGAGCAGAACGAUGGCUUUCCCAAGAACCUGUGCAGCAAUUGCUACACCAGGCUGAACGACCUGCACGAUUUCCAAAAACUGUGCGUCGACUCGGUCCAGAAGUUCCAGGAUCUGGUCGCCAGCAACGUUUUCACCUGCCAGACGAACUUCGAUGUGCUGGAUCCCAGUUCGACGGCCCACGAUCUGCCAGGAGAGGACGAGGACCACAUCAACUUUGAUCCCCUAUUGAACCACAAAAUGGAGCUGAUUGAGAACGAGGAGGACGUGUUCAAGAUGCUGGAGCAUGUGGACAAGGAGGCCGAGGAGUGUGAGAACGAGAGCGUCAAGCAGGACAAGGUGAAGGCUUCGCCCAGCAACGCUCUGCGAAUGUUCGACGAUGACUCCUCCCUGGAGAGCGGCAAUGACAACGACAGAGAUGUGGACUUUGAGCCCAACAGCAGCGACGACGACAUUCCUUUGGCCCAACGCAUGAGGGGAACCACCCAGUCCCAGUCCACCCGCACACCAGCCAAGGCCAAGCCCAAGCCCAAGAAGAAGCCCAAAGUGGUGGACUACGAUGACUUCAGCAGCACCACCUCCGACUCGGACGACGACGAUGACUCGAACAGGGAGAAGCCCAAACGCAAGAGGAUCCCAGCCGAUGAGCGGCACCUUCAUCGCAUCAUUGACUGCCACAUUUGUCAUCAGAAGUUCAAGAAGGCCAUCCGCUACGAGGAGCACAUGAAGUACCACAACGAUCUGCUGCCCUUCCAGUGCAAAGUGGAGACCUGCCGCAAGGGAUUCACCACAGCCAAUGGCCUGCGCAUCCAUGUGGACCAUGCCCACACCGAACUGUCCGAGGUGCACCAUUGUCCAGCGGAGGGUUGCGAGAAGACGUUCCCACGCAUCAGGCUGCUCACGUUCCACAUGAAGAAGGUGCACAACAUAACGAAGUCGGCCGCUCCGCUGCGCGACUUCCCCUGCCCGGAGUGCGACACCGUCUUCCGCUGCCCCACGGCCCUCAAGAAGCACAUGUACAAGCACACGGGCGAGGAGCUGCCCUACCCAUGCAACAUCUGCGGCAAGCGGUUCGUGAUCAACAGCGCCCUCAGGGACCAUCUGAUGCGGCAUGCGGGCAUCAAGAAUCACGUCUGCCCCUACUGUGGCGUGGGCAAGACGACGCGCCAGGAGUGGAACGCUCACAUUCUCACCCACACCAAGGAGAAGAAGUUCAAGUGCCGGCAGUGCGAUCACGCCUCGCACAACAAGCAGGCCCUGUCGAACCACAUCAAGGUGGUGCACGAGAAGCGGAAGGACUUCGCCUGCCAGUACUGCGGCAAGACGUUCGGCAAGUCGCACGCCUGCAAGGUGCACGAGCGCAGUCACACGGGAGAGAAGUGCUGCGAGUGCAAGAUCUGCGGCAAGAUUUUCCUCUGCGAGAAGAGCCUGACGAAGCAUCUGAAGACGCACGAGAAGCGGGAUCUGCCGCCGUCAGAGCCGCAACGGCAACAACAGCUUAACAUUCCCAUUCCGAUACCGGGCCAGAUGCAAGGCGAUGGCCUGGGGAAUCCCAAUCCCAAUGCAAACAGCAAUAUUAAUCCCAAUCAAAACGAGGACAUGCUCAAGGCUUGCGCUAGCAGUGGCGGGCCCGCUGCACCGCUGCCCAAGCAGAAGAACUCCAGGCGCGUCCAACGGGUGGACAUUUCCCAGCUGGCGGGCACGGCCGUCAAUCCCAUACCGUCGGUGUCGGUACCGUCAUGGUCGCCGCAGGUGAACUUCACCAAGAAGGAGGGCCAGCACAUCUGUCCCGGCUGUGGGCGGGGCUUCAACAACAUUGGCAACAUGAAGCUCCACUACAAGAUCAUCCACGAGAAGGUGAAGGACUUUGCCUGCCGCUUCUGCCCCAAACGAUUCUCCAAGGCGCAGAUACUGCGGCACCACGAGUGGAUCCACACGGGAGAGAAGCCCUUUGAGUGCAAGAUCUGUAACAAGCAUUUCCGCCAGGAGACGGCCCUCAAGAAGCACAUCAAGACGCACGAGAAGCCCGGUCGCCGUCACGUGCCGGAGAGGAGUGCACCCACGGUGCCCACAUUCAUGAAACUGGAUCCCGAGGCCGAGCCGAGGAACUACGAUCUGUAUCAGGAUCCGGCUGCCGAGCGGGCGGCGGCCACCGCCGAGCUGCUCGCCCAUCAGAUGGAGGAGAACGAGGCCAAGCGGAAGGCGGACAUCGAGCGCCAGAAGAUCGCGGCGGCUGCCUGCGAGCAGCUAACGAAGCUGCAGAAGCAACAGGAGAUUAUGAAGGCCACAACCUCCUACGACGGCUACUACCAGCAGAAGGCCGAGGCCGAUGGCACCAGUUUGGAUGCCCUAAAGAUCGAUCAUGUGUAGAGAGUGGCAGGCUUCCUCAUGGCUUCUUAAUAUACCGUAAGAUUUAUAUUGUAUAAUUAACUUUUACAGCGCAAACUGUGCUCCCCCCGGAACAUUUGUCUUCUGCCCUCGAAUUGCUCUCUCUCUCACACUCACUCCUCCCUAGUUGAAACGGAAUAGAAAAACUUCAUUUAUUCGAGUACAUUUAAACGAAUGAAAUUUAACGAUUUUUUAUAUGUAUACAUAUGAAUUUGUGUAUCUUUAUGUUUUUUUAUUAUGUACUACAUACAUAGACAA